AUGACGUAUGGCAGUGAUCAGGCAUGAGGUAUAGCAGUGAUGAGUGACUGGUAUGGGGUAUGGUGGUGAUCAGAACGCUGGUAUGGGGUAUGGUGGUGAUCAGAACAGAGGCAUGGGGUAUGGCGGUGAUCAGGAUGCUGGUAUGAGGUAUGGUGGUGAUCAAGAUGCUGGUAUGGAGUAUGACGGUGAUAAGGACACUGGUAUGGCAUGUGGCGGUGAUCAGAAUGCUGGUAUGGGGUAUGGCGGUGAUCAGGACACUGGUAUGGAGUAUGACGGUGAUGACGGCACUGGUAUGGCAUGUGGCGGUGAUCAGGAUGUUGGUAUGAGGUAUGGUGGUGAUCAGGACGCUAGUAUG